AGCCUAAGCGCGUUAGUGGGCGGUUUUUCCAGGUUGUUGUAUUAAAUUUCCCGAUUUAUUUUCUCACUAUGCAUAAACUCAUCCUUGUCGCGCUGCUGUGCGUUUUGGUUGCCGCUUGGCCAACCGACGCUCGCCGUCAUCGCGUCCGUCAAAUGCAAAGGAUCCCUCUGCAGAAAAUGCAGUCGGUGCGCCGCUUCUUGGCCGGCAAGGGAACCGGUAUGGGCGCCGUGGCGGAAGCCCAGGCCGCCUACCAGAAAUCCCUCAACGCAGAGUACGAAGAGGAUGAUGACGAAGAGCCAGCUGAUCCUCAGCCGGAGCCGCUUUCCAACUACGCCGAUGCUCAAUAUUACGGCCCUAUCAGUCUGGGAACACCCGCUCAGAAUUUCUCCGUUAUUUUCGACACCGGUUCAUCCAACUUAUGGGUACCGAGCAAGACUUGCCCUUUGACCGAUAUUGCCUGCUUGUUGCACAACAAGUACGACAGCAGCGCAUCUAGCACGUACAAGAAGAACGGUACCGCCUUCAAAAUCCAGUACGGAUCGGGUGCGGUUGCCGGGUUCCUGUCCACCGAUGACCUGGGCAUCGCCGGUGUUACCGUUAAGGCGCAGACCUUUGCUGAGAUCAACGAUGAACCCGCCAUUCCCUUCGCUUUGGCUAAGUUCGACGGUAUCCUUGGUAUGGCCUAUCCCGAGUAUUCCGUUGACCAAGUAGAGCCAGUCUUCAACAACAUGAUUGACCAGAAAUUGGUUCCCCAGCCUGUCUUCUCUUUCUACUUGAACCGAGACCAAACCGGUGCUGUUGGUGGAGAGUUGAUCCUGGGUGGAAGUGAUCCCAACUACUACGUGCCACCGUUUACCUACGUUCCCGUUGACAAGAAAGGAUACUGGCAGUUCCAUAUGGACGGCGUCAACGUUGCCGGUCAAGCCUCCGAUUACUGCAAGGGCGGUUGCGAAGCUGCUGCUGAUACCGGUACUUCCCUGAUCGCCGGCCCUACUGCUGAAAUCCAGAAGCUGGCCGCUCAAGUGGGCGCCCAGCCGUACAUCAGCGGCGAAUACACUGUUGACUGCACUAAAAUCAACUCUUUGCCCAACAUUUCCUUUGUGAUUGGCGGAAAGCCUUUUGAUCUCACUCCCAAAGACUACGUUCUGCAGGUUCAAACCACUUGUUUGUUCGGUUUUGUCGGCAUUGAUAUCCCGGCUCCUUUUGGUCCGAUCUGGAUCAUCGGCGACGUCUUCAUUGGCCGUUACUACACUGAAUUCGAUUUCGGUAACAACCAGAUUGGUUUCGCCCCGGUUAAGACGCCGUCCAGCGAUUCUCAGCCCACGGCCAAGCUGUCCACCCCCAAACGCCACCACCAUAGUGCUUAAUCGUUUCAUUUCUGAUUGAGAACUGAACAUUGCCGUGGAAGUAUUUUAUAUUGCAUUACUGUAACGUGCAAUAAUAGCAGCUUCUACCAGAAUCAAUGAGAUUAACGAUGCAGUAAGGAAAUCAGUUGUCGAACAAGUGCAAACGACAAUUAAAUAAAGUAAAGGAAAAAAACAAAUAAACAUGG